AUGUCACUAAAAACCAGCAAAGUACCUCAGAAAUGGAAAUCCGCUAAUUUAUUACCACUCCCUAAAGAAUCACCAUUAAAUUCGUGCAACCAGUUAAGACCAAUCUCUCUGACGGACAUCAUCAUGAGACUAUUCGAGAAGUGCGUGUAUAAAUCUGAAAUCGAACCUAUCACAAGAAAUAACAUUGGUCCUGACCAAUUUGCUUAUAAAAAGGGUCACAACCCGACUAUGGCUCUGAUUAAAUCCCAACAUCAAUGGCUAGAGUGGCUGGAUAAAAACGCUAAUUAUGUUAGAGUGCUGUCGUUCGAUUUCAGCAAAGCAUUUGACAGUGUGCCCCACGAUCUUUUGUUUGAAAAAGUUAAAAAGCUACCAAUUAAUCCGUAUGUGGUGAACUGGUUAAUUAGCUUUCUAGAAAAUAGAAUACAAAGAGUAAUGGUUGAUGGAAUGGUUACAGAAUAUUUACAUAUUAAUCGUGGUGUCCCUCAAGGUACUGUUUUAGGCCCAGUUCUUUUCUCAAUAAUGGUUGAUGAUAUUAAAACUGCUGAUCCUAGUAAUGCGUUAGUCAAAUUUGCUGACGAUUUGACGUUAGGAGUGCCUGGCAACGAAAGUGGAGACACAUCUCGAUCUGAAGCUGCCUGUUUACAGGAUUGGGCGGAAGAGAAUAGAAUGCUCUUAAACUUGGAAAAAACGUACGAAAUGGUUGUUCGCAGACACACCUCUGUAGUUUUGCCCGAACUUAUCCCUUCAAUUAAGCGAAAAACAUGGCUAAAGCUUUUAGGAGUUACUCUACAAGAUAACCCGUGCAACUGGGAUUUGCACUUUGAAGAAAUGCUCAAAAAAGCAAGUGGACGAAUGUACAUUAUGAGAGUUUGCAAAUACUAUGGACUAUCAAUUAAACAAUUAGAUCUGCUGUUUGAUAGCAUAAUUAUGUCGAUAUUCACUUUUGCUAUUGAGCUGUGGGGUUGUGCAUACGACGGUAAAUAUUUGAACCAAAUAGAUAAAUUCAUUAAACGUGCACAUAAGAAUGGUUAUAUAUCAAAACGAACACAAAUUAAAGAAAUACGUGAUAAGAGAGAUAAGAAACUGUGGAACAAAAUAACAUCAACUGAGGACAAUGCAUUGCUUGAACUGCUGCCGGAAAAAAGAAGUAGGUUACUUAGGCCUAGAGGGCAUGAGUAUGAACUCCCCCUAGUGAGAACAGAAGGAUUCAAAAGGUCGUUCAUAAAUCGUUGUCUGUAUAACUUUGUUUAGACUUUAAUCUAUUAAAAACUUUUUAAAACUUUUUACGCUUCUUAACUUACAAUUGUAAAUAUAACUAGAUCAAUUACCUUUCGAUUGUAAACUCAGACGGAUGUAUCUGAGUAUUUUAAUAAAGACUAUUAUUAUUAUUAUUAUUAUUAUUAUAUAUAUAUAUAUAUAUAUAUAUAUAUAUAUAUAUAUAUAUAUAUAUAUAUAUAUAUAUAUAUAUAUAUAUAUAUAUAUAUAUAUAUAUAUAUAUAUAUAUAUAUAUAUAUAUAUAUAUAUAUAUAUACAUAUAUAUAUAUAUAUAUAUAUAUAUAUAUAUAUAUAUAUAUAUAUAUAUAUAUAUAUAUAUAUAUAUAUAUAUAUAUAUAUACCGUAUAAGCGCUGUAGAUGUCAAUGCCAUUUGUUAUAUGCGCUCGUAAUUCUCAUGCCCCCGAUUUGAACAGGUACUGGUGUUGCCCAAAUGGUAACGAAUCUUCCCAAUUGACGAGUAAAAUCGUCUGGCGUUAGACAAGUAAAAAAAUAAGUAGGGCGCACUGCGGCUCAAUGGGUUAAUAUAUAUUGAAAAAUAAAAUUUCAGGAACUUGCUACCUCUUGCCGUUUGUAGUAGCUACACAAGGCUGUACCAAAUUGAUCUAAGAAGUGUGAGCAUCAUACUAAAUUCAUGAAAACAUUUUACAGUUGCACUGCUUGCAGAACGAUAAGUUUAACGCUGCACGUCUAUUCAUUUCAUGCAAUGUUUGACAUCAAGAAAAAUAACAAAUGUUUCGGAAUUUGCAAUAUUCCUUAUUCUUUCUAGUCAAUUACUGGAUGAUUUAUUUAAACAGGUCGAGAGAAUCAAGACAGGGAACACAUCCCAACAUGAUAGAAUACAGGAGAAUUUGACAGGUACUGUAUCUUCGGAGGUAUAUAACAUGAAAUUUAGUAGGGCCUAUUAAGCCUUCCUUUUGUGUUUGAUUAACAUUCAGUAUUACCAACGGUUUUUUAACAUUUUAUCCACAAUCUUUACUACCGGACAAAGUGACUUGCCUUGUCAAAAAUAUACAAGCUGCGUAUGCCAAGGUGUUAAGUACCAUCCAAAAAUGCAUUUUAAAGAUGUCUGUGACGAAAAUAGGUCAUCGAAGUUGAACCAUAUUUUGCUGACAAGAUAGCUCUAUUAUUUAACUGAAUUAGUAUUCGCCGAAUUCGAAGGCGAGGUGAUUAUCGGUGAAUAAAAUCCGAGACGAAGUCGAGGUUUUUUAUUCACGAUAACACCGAGCCUGAGGUGAAUAAUGGUUUUAGUAUAAUUUCAUAGGUGAUUAUUUUGGAGAAAAAAAAUACUCAUCUUCGUCAUUUAAUUUAAUUGACAAAAUGGCUUCGGCCGCCAUUUCGAAAAUCGCUUUGGUGAUUAUCGCGUUAUAACCAGACACAAUACUAAAAUGCGGUGCCCGCCUAGUACAAAUAAAACUUUCGGCGUUUCCCGAAAACGAGAAAACCAACAAUUCCGAAGUUAUCAAGGAUCAAACGGACUGCAUUUUUAAUUAGUUUAAUAAUUUUGAGCGAUUUGUGAACAAUACAAUUUCGCUUGUAUUUCAAAGGCCAUAAAUCGCUAGAAAUAAGAGAUAAGGCGCAGAAAAAAGUCAAUCGUGAGAGUCCGAGAUUAAUUGGAAAGAAAACUUUCCUCGAAAAAAGGAAUUCGAAAAACGUGAAAGGAUUAUUUUGGCGGCUUGUCUUUCAAAGGCCAUAAAUCGCUAGAAUAGAAAUCAAUCUUGAAACCAAUUUUCAAUCCGUGAAUACAACUUUUCACGCUGAUUCGAACAGUGGUAUUUUUGUCCUUGUUUGACGCAUAAAACCAGAGAUAAAGCCUGGCAAAGGCGAUAUAGUAGGCGAUUAAGGAAACGUAUUGAUGCGAACACACUAACAAACUAACAAACUAACUAACAAACUCACAGGCAGAAUAUAAUGCGGUGCCAAACUUGGCACGGGCACCGCAAUCACCUCAACGGCAACCAAUCAGCGUGCAGAAUUUUCAAUAAUCACCUAAGUAAUUAUACUAAAGUACUAUUAAAGUUCAGACGAACAUAAUUAAAAUUGGGAAAUUGACAGACCAAUACUCUUUGGGUCUGUCAAUUUCCCGUUUGUAAUUCAAAAUGACUGAAAAACGGCAAACUUCGCAAGGCUAUAUUAUCCGCAUUUUACAACAUUUCGCAACGAAACUUCGGAAUAUUACUAAUUUUGUGACGCUCUUUCAAGCUGUAAUGAAAUUUUUGUCUAGACUUGUUGAGAUCAAAAUUUUGUCUAUUACGCAAGUGGUCAAUUCAACAAACAUUUUGGUCAGACGUAAUAUACUACAAACACAGCGUGUUACGGUUAAAGCAUAUUCGGAUAAAUGUUACAAGCUUUUAAUAGUUGUUUAUCUAAUGGUAUAUAGCCUUUCAGGCUUUCACACGAGCAAGAUUUAAGACUAUUACGUCACAGACACUUUAAGUUAAGACUAUAUCUUGCUUUUUUGCUCUGUUUUUUUGUUUUUCGUCAUCAUUUUCUAUAAGAAAUAACAAUGACAUUCAUAAAACGUUAAAUCUGAUCAAGUGACUAAUAACAACAAAUAUUUUUAGCAACAACUAACAGUGAUGCAAGUUCUGCGAGAAUCGACCAAUCAUCCGUUUCAACUGAUGGCAGUGACUUACGCGAAGGAUACGUUGAAGCCGUACGCUUUUACAACGAUGAUCCUGCACUCCCCGUAUACCAUUGGGGAUUAACAAAGGGAAUGGCUACAGAUGACGUAGCAAUGGUGCUUAUACAAGAAAAGAUUGAGCAGUCAAAGAUAGCAACAAAAGUUCCAACGAACGUAAGCAAAAACACUGUGUUUGUUGUUGAUACAACCGAAUUACGCGAUGAUCAGGACAUGAGAUGUGACGACAUGGGUGCUUGGCUAUGCACUGGAUCAAGAAGAUAUGGCUAUAGUGUGGACGACACGGGGAAUAUCAACAGUGAGGCAGAGCUGGCCAACAAAAGUCAUGAAAAACAGUACCAGUUAAACCGCCAGUUUUUAAAAACAAAAGUGCGCCUUCAGUUCGAAAAAUUAUAAUCACUGCCCACAACAAGAUUUCACGUAUGGCAAAGGAUUUGUCUUUCAUCCAGUAUAUUUUUGAAGAAGGAGAACAAGAAAUAGUAGUUCAAGCUCACGGAAAUGCAAAAAAAAGAGAUGCCGGAAACGCUGGGUAUAAGCGCACGAUGAAGAGCACAAAAGAUCUCAUCACGGAGAAGCUAACGGUACUACCACCACGCAAGACAACGCACCAGAUUAUUAAAGAAAGGGGUGGUAUAAUGAAGAUCAGCCAGGCAGGAGAAUUUCCACGAAACCGCACGCAGGUUUACAACAUCAACAGAAAGUUGAAGAAUAGAAACGGAAACACGACUCUCCCAAGCAACGACCCUUUGUUGCAAGUUAUAACCAAGGCGAAAGAAGAGCAAAAAGGAAGGAUCGAGAACGCUCUUAUUAGAGAAAUCCCCUUGUUCCCAGAACCCAUCGUUUUCCUGGCAUCUGAACAGCAAUUGGAAGAUAUCGAGCGCUUCUGCACAAAUCCUGCAAAAUUUUGUGUUCUUGGUGUGGAUGCAACGUUUCAAAUUGCAGGUUUCUACUUCACUUUCACCACAUACAGAAACCUUAUGUUAAGAACAGACAAAGGAAACCAUCCUGUUUUCAUUAGGCCAGGAAUUCUUCACAAACAAAAACUUUGCACAUCCUACAAGACGCUGCCUCUUCUCAUGUCUAAAUACCGCAUAG